ACAGGAGCUCCUCCCAUGUGGACUUUAGUCCUGGUCCCAGCUCUCCUUCCUCCUGAACUAGUAGAAGAAGGACCUCCUGAGGUCCACACUUCCUGCCCUGCUCCAGCUGCUCUGAGCCCAGAGAACCACACAUCAUCUUCCCCGUGGUGUGCUGACAUGCUGCAUGCCUGGAUCACCUUGCUGGUCCUCUGUCACGAGGCGACAGGAUUCCUGAUCCACAACACGCAGCACAGCCUGUGCCUGGAGGACCAGGCCGGUCCGGGCCCCGGCGCCGUGGGGCUCGGUCGGUGUAACCUGGACUCCCGGUUCCAGCAGUGGGUCUGGUUGAACCGGAGGGUGCUGAGGAACCUGGGCUCAGACAGGUGCCUGGCCAGCCGAGGCAUCGACCUGGUGCGGACCGUGGGAUGCCCGGCGGCCAUGGAAGAGCAGGAGGAGGAGGAGGUGGUGGUGCAGGGAGCAGGAGCAGGAGCAGGAGAAGGAGGAGCUGGCGUGGUGGAGGAGGAGAUGCUGUGGGACUGUCUGCGCAGCAGGCUGAUCAGUGUGAUCAGCGGGCUGGAGCUCUCUGUGGACGACAGCCUGAGCCUAGCUCUGUCCCCGCUCUACCAGCGCAGCGGGAGAUGGAGGUCGCUGGACGAGGGAGAUAUCUGCCAGGAGAUCCUGAGAUCCAAAAGGGCGUCCAGAGAACCAGGAGAGUUCGAGGAACCCAGCGAGAGCAUGGAUCCCAGAGAUGCAAUGGCCGGCAUGACAGAGGAGCAGAAGAAGUUUCUGAGCUGGUAUUAUCGCACGGAGGACCCCACCAUAUGGAAGUUUGUAAUGCUGGGACUUUCCUUUGUCUCCCUGCUUGUGGGCUUUUUGCUUCUGGGAAUGGGUUCCAUGGCCAACAAGAACCGGAGGGAGAUAGCCAAGUACAAAGCAGCCGCCGCUCUGGCACGACAGCCCGGUGGCGAGGAACUGCAGACCCUGAACGACUUCCAGGGCCACAAUGACCUCGAGGCCCCCCCCCAGGGCCACAGCCCGGCCCCCCCGGCCCUCGACGGGGCGGGUCUGAGCCAGGGGGAGAUCGUGCUGACGUGGAGGGAUGGCAACGUCUCCACCCUCUACCCAGAUCCCCUGCCAGAGGAGGAGGUGGAGGUGGGGGUGGAGGAGGAGAAGGAGGAGGGGAAGGGCGAGGGGUGCAUUGAGCAGACCCCACAUAUGGAGGAGAGUAGCAGAGAUGAGUCUUUGGUGAAGGAGUGUGGGGCGUGUAAUGACGAUGGGGUUCAGCAGAUAAUGAACGGAAAGAUAGAAUGAAAGGAUAUGGAGGAGUUUCAGUGGGACGGGGGUUACUGCAUCUGAAAUUUAAAUCUAUCUCAUGGCUUGAACACAAGCCGAACUUCAUCUUAUGAAUUAAUCUUGUACCCUUUGUGUAUACGUUAGAAACAUAUCAUCUGUUGUUGCUUUGUGUCAUACCUUGUUUUUGUCUUUUUUAAUGCUUGUUUGAAUUGUACAAAUGUAUGAUCAUCUGAUACAAGAAAUUAAAUCAUCCUCAACCCCUAGAGUAAAACUUGUGGUCUAUAAAGUU